UCUACAGAGAGCGCAGCGCCGUUGAGAAGCAAAUAGUCCUGGGGACGAGGUUGGUGCAUCUAAUGUAUUGUUUACAACUGUUACGGCCCUGUUUUGUUUGUACAAAGUUUAAGUACUUGGAUUUUCUUCUGCAAAGCGACACAAACGAAAUGUGAAAAGGAUGGUAAUAGCUAACUGUAUAAAGGUAGUCAGUGUUUGCCAGAAAAACUCGGGUUGUCUUUUGUUAUCAGAGUCCUGGGAAUGGGGUUGCGCUGAAAAUUACUACGCUAAGUCAACAGGGGGUUAUUUUACCGAACCGGUUUGCCGUAACUAAUAAACAACAUUUUGUAAACAAUUGCUUUGGCACGCUAUUGCACUCCCUGAAUUUUGUGACACUGCCAGCAUAUUCCGGGGGUUAGAAAUUGGAAUAUUUUUGACGCUUGACCCAUAAUGGCGUAUCUCGGCCGUAUGGUAGAAAAAAGAACAAGCAGUUUAACAAAAUUUCUACUGCAUUAAAUUUCAACACUCCUAAUAACUUGAGCCCUGAAAAAAACUAAGUCUAGGAGGAUAACAUAUUAAACUAACACGGGACAAGCACAUAGAAAUAAGGACAAAAGCUAUAAAUAUACUUUUUUGUAGUAACGAAAAUGGGACCACUACCAAUUGGACGACUCAACAAACAUGUUGGUGCAAGCUAUGGACCUGACAACAACAUUAUGAAGUUUUAUAUAACAGAGUACUCUAGUAAGACUGGCCGUGAUGGAUUUCAACCACGCUAUGGUCACCAUGUUGGCACAGGAUACAAAAGUAAUUUCCGACCAGGUGUUUAUUAUAGUCGUAAAUUAGAUGAGCUUGACAAUCCAGUCAUGGGCCGCAUUGUCAGUGGUAACUACCAAUCAUUAACACAUAAACAUUACCAACCUUCAAAAGGAAGUAAUGGCAAAGAUGAAUUGCCAAGCCAUGUUUCAAUUCUUUCCAAUGGUUUUGUAAAAGACCAACAUCGCACUGUUCCUUCAUAUAGAGAAGCACACUCUGUUUUUGCUAAUCCGGAAUCCAAUUCACUGCGUACGAAGCCUCCAAUAUUACACACGCUUGGUAAUAAAUGUCCAAUCGAGAAAGAAAACAAUAACAAUGGGCCUGCAUUUUUUUCUACGGAGAAUCAUUCCCAAUUCGUUAAAAAAGAUCAAAUUGUUGAUACCGCUUCAAAAACUGUUGGUCCUAAAGAAGACUCUGGAUUUACAAGGUCUAAAAACUUGGAGCCUGUGACAUUCCGACCAGAUGAAUGUCAUGAUGGGAUGCUCCCGCCAUGGUGGCGACCAACUGGAAGCAGCGUAAUGAGAAGAGACUACAAGGGUUUUCAAAAUCCGGAUGGAUCUGAAAAGUUGCAAGGCAUUCUUCCAAAUGCGGACCGAGAGAAUGGUUUCACGAGAUAUAUUAGACCAACUGCAGCUCACACUGCUAAUAAGAACCAGGUAUAUACAAAUCUUGAAGAUCUAAAAAAUCCUGACGCAAUUGGAGCAAUUAAAAAGUCGAAUCCUGCCGAAUACAUUAACUUGAUGUAUCCAAGUCAAUUUCCAAGUGUAAGUGGAGCUUUAUAUCGAGGUAAACAACUUCACGAACCAAACCUAGCUGAUAAUCUCGGAAAACUCACAAUCGGCGAAAAAGAAGACACGGGUUAUACUGAAAAUAAUAAAUGUUAUACACAAAAACCUCGCAGCGGAGACGACUUCAACACCAUCUACGAAAAUGGUUACUACGACAAGAAUAAAUAUUUCCCAAUAAGUUAUGAUAAAGUACGCGAUGAUCACGUGGGCGAGCCUAAAGAAGAUGGCUACACUAAAAGUGAGAAAUUACAUUUAAACGCGUUUGGUGAAACAAUCGAAAAACAACGUUACUUUCAAGAACUUCACCCGUAUGUUAACCGCAGUUUAAAAGCGAGAGAUCCAUUUUAUGCGGAGAAGAUUUACGAUCAUAAAAAGAAAAGCUUGAUUACAGCUUAACUGUCAUGAUCAAUCAACUAAUUUCUGCUUCGGCACGUGGUGCAGCAUUUCUGCGUUAAAACCUUCGGUUAUCGUUUUGUUUCGAAUAUACGCGAUAUACGAAAUACCUCCACAAAAUAACACCUUGGAUUAACGCCCCUCUCGAAUAAACGCAUCCCUAAAAUGAUACCUUUCCUAUAAAACGCCCGGGCGUUUAUUCAAAAAUACACUGCUGUGUUCGAUUGACAUGGCUUUGAACAUGUCGUAUCUGAUAAUCUAAAGAAUCAGCAAGUUCGAACUUGCUGAUGUUGCUACUGAGUGAGAUAGUGAACAAUAACAAUAUUUUCACAUAUUUUAAUCUCUGUAAGAUAGCUCAUAUUUAAAUAUAUCGCGUGACUCAUUUGUAGAUUAUUCUUGGGUUAUAUUUGUUUAUGUAUAGAAAUUAUUAAUAUAUAAAUUACAUGCUUUC